AAGGGACAGGGAAAGGGACACAGCAGAAGAGCUCUUCCUUUUCCUCUCCCCUCCCACGGCGCCGACGGUGUCAUCCAACCCACCAUCUCCGGACACAGCCAGCCCCCACUCUUCCCAUUCCACCCAGCCACGCACGCCGCCUCCAACGAGUCCUUCUCGCAUUCCUACCGCCGCCGCCGCCGCCGUCCUCAUACUUCUCCGCUCGGCUGGACUGGCAUGGAGCGGAGAUCCACCCCGGCCUUGGAGGAUUGGUUUCUUCGUUUGUUGUGGAUUCGUACGCUGCUAGAGGAGUAGUCCUAACGGCCAGCAGUUUUUUUUUUCCAGAAGUUUUGAAGCUCGUUAGGCCGGCCCUGGCUGGAUCUAGUGUUAGUUUUAUGUGAACUUUGCAGGGAUUUUUGCGUUCUUGGUCCGAGAGGUUUGCUUGGAUCUGGAUUCUGGUACUAGUGUUGGAUCUGCAGAUGCUGGCAUUGCAGCGUGAAGCAGGGUCUAGUGACUACACUUAGGUUUGAGCUCCCUCCAGGUUUGCAUUGGAAAGAAAUAAUCUUUGCAGGGGUACAAAGAAUCUUCUUCUCAGGGUCAGGGGGUUUGGUGGAGUGGACUGUAGGUUAUACAAUGUUCCCCUGCAUUAACUCUUGUGGAAACUAUGCUGGCAUUUACCUGCCUGUCAGAGUUCUUUGCUGGAGCUUUAAGCUAUACUUCCCUUGAGAUCUAAUGGUGUCGGUGGCAAUUUUCUUUCUUUUUUUCUGCUGCUUUCGCUUCCCGAAAUCACUUGGAAGACUCAGUCCUGCUUUUCAAGUAACCAUCGCUAUCUAUAUUUUAGUGUGAUUAAUUGAGCUUUCUCCAUGAAUUUUGCAUAUUUUAGGGGGCUUGUCUAUACUCUUUAGCUUCCUUUUGGAGGGAAUAAGCAUUACUUUAUCACAAUUGCGUCACCCGAACUUGUGGCUGAUGCCUGAAUAGGUGUUGCUAAAUCUGGGCUGAAGCCUGAAGAGGUGUUGCAAAUUGGGUGUUGCCCCCAAGAUUUACCACUGUGCCUGAAUAGGUUUUUGCUGUAUAAUUUCUAUGGGCAUGAUGUAUAGUCUUGGCCUUCUUAAAACUACAUCCUGAACACAAUUAUUUAACCACUUUCUCAUUGCCACCUUUAUCUGCCAUUAUGCAAAAGUAUAUUUUCUAUAAUUGUUUGAUGGAAUAUUUUGAGUUAGUGAUGAACUAUUUGGUGUACUUCCACCGUUCCUAGUAACAUAAUACUAAUACUAUGUUUUUUCUUUGCUGUCAACAUGAUACUUGCAUUGGCAACAUUCUCGAAAGGCCUCUGCAAAUGUACUCUUGCUACUUUUGAUACAAUGUACCAUGUAGUUAAUGACACUAUGUUUUGCAAGUAGUUUGUUGGUUCAGCUUUAUGUUAGCUGUUUUACCACUCGCUUUUGGCUAUUACUUCUCGGUCAUAUGUAUCCCUCUAAUAGAGGAAGUAUUAGACUAUCGGUGAGUUACCACUUAGAAAUAAUUGAGCUGUUGCGAUCUGCUGGGACUUGGUAGAAUUCUGUGAGAAGGUUCUUCAUUACUUCCGAGUCUCAUCUUUAGCAUUCCGUAUGUGCUGGGCCCAAGUUGACAUGAGUACAUUUGUUCAAUGUGCUAUUUUUUUCAGGGGCUGAUUCACGGUGUUGGUUGUAUCUGAGAAUGCUGGGGCUGUGCUCCAAAGCUUGGUAGAUUCAUUUCAAUACACAAUACAACUACUUAGACAUAGUCUGAGGCCAGUUGAAUCUGCUGCUUUAGAACAUGGGUUCUCGAUUUCCAUCGCACCAGUUAAGCAAUGGGCUUUAUGUCUCGGGGCGACCUGAGCAACCUAAGGAGAAGUCUCCGGUUGUUUGUUCCACAGCUAUGCCAUACACUGGGGGGGACAUCAAGAAAUCUGGAGAACUUGGCAAGAUGUUUGAUCUCCAUGCUGAGAAGUCACGCAAAUCUGGUCCUUUGGGUAAUCAAAGUUCCAGGAAUACUUCAUUUGGUGGUGCUGCUUCCAACUCUGGGCCAGUUGCUAGUGCAGUUGGUCGACCCAGCUACUCUGGUUCUAUUUCAUCAGCGGCUCCUGGCACUGGAGGUUCGGCAAGGGCAAAAUCUAAUUCUGGACCGCUGAAUAGGCAUGGAGAACCAACAAAGAGAUCCUCUGGCCCCCAAUCAGGAGGAGUGACCCCUACGACUCGCCAGCACUCUGGCCCUCUACCUCCUAUUCUUCCUACAACUGGGUUGAUCACAUCAGGACCUAUCUCAUCUGGACCUUUGAAUUCAUCGGGUGCUCCACGGAAAGUAUCAGGCCCUCUUGAUUCUACUGUUUCAAAGAAGAUGCGUGCCACCUCUUUUGCUCAGAACCAGGCUGUAACAAAUCUCAAUGAAGAAGAUGGCUACUCGAUCAAGGACAGUUUGCCAAAACCAAUACGAUGGGCGAUCAUUCUGCUCUUUCUGUUGGGGUUCAUAGCAGGUGGCCUCAUUCUUGGCGCUGUUCAUAAUUCGAUUUUGCUACUGGUUGUGGUAGUUAUAUUUGGAUUUGUUGCUGCACUCUUGAUUUGGAACAUUUGCUGGGGAACAAGAGGUGUGACUGGGUUUGUCAGUCGCUAUCCUGAUGCUGAUCUUAGAACAGCAGGAGAUGGACAGUAUGUGAAGGUUACUGGGGUUGUUACUUGUGGAAAUUUUCCCCUCGAGUCGUCAUUUCAAAGGGUCCCAAGAUGUGUAUACACUUCGACAUGCUUGUAUGAGUACAAGGGUUGGGACUCAAAAGCCGCCAACACUCAGCAGCGCCGAUUUACCUGGGGAUUACGGUCUAUGGAGCGACAUGCGGUUGAUUUCUACAUCUCUGAUUUCCAAUCUGGGCUGCGAGCAUUGGUCAAAACAGGAUAUGGUGCACGGCUAACCCCAUAUGUGGAUGAGUCUGUUGUUAUUGACAUAAAUCCAGAAAACAAGGACAUGUCCCCUGAAUUUCUGAGAUGGCUACGGGAAAGGAAUCUCUCAAGUGAUGAUUGCAUAAUGCGCCUAAAAGAAGGAUACGUAAAGGAGGGAAGCACUGUGAGUGUCAUUGGAGUUGUUCAAAGAAACGACAAUGUAUUGAUGAUUGUUCCGCCAUCUGAACCCUUCUCGACUGGCUGCCAUUGGGCCAAGUGCAUCCUCCCAACUAGCCUUAAUGGACUAGUCUUGAGAUGUGAAGAUACAUCAAACGGAGAUGUAAUACCAGUUUAGCUAGCAUCUCACUGGCAGUUUGGUGUGUGAAAAAAAUGCCCGUCAAAAUAUUUGACUUCGGAUUCGUUUCUGGGAUGUUAGGAUUGAAAAAUGUGCAAAUGCAGGGUGUGAUUACGGUAAAUACAAUAUCGGUGGUCAGUUACUCACGGAUUGACUGUGUAGUAUUUAAUAUACACUAUUUUUUGGUUGAGCUUUGUAGCAGGUAGCUGUUUGGAGUGUUAGUGGAAUCAGGCUCAUUAUUUCUUUGUCUGUAGAAUUCCAGAAAUCGUAAACCAUACGCCCAACCCCCCCUUCCUGUAUCUAUAUUUCUAUACAUACUUACAUCUCUCAUGGUAGGUAUAUUUUAUUCAAGAAUGAAGAUUUGGCAAUGUAUUUUCUCCA